UUUUUUUACCAUUUUUGUUGUUUAACUUUUCAUGUGCUUAUAAAUUCAGUUCCUCCAGAUUGUAGCUUUUAAAGUAGGGAUUACAUGUGAAGGACCAAGUUUUGCUACUUUAUUUCUACUAUAUUUAACAUAUUGCUAUGCAAAUAAAAACAGUAUUUUGUUGAACAAAUUAAAAGGUAAAUCACAAUAAUGGAAAGGGCAUGGAUAUUCCACAAUAGACAAUAAUCAGCAGUCCUGAAAAACUGAGAACUGAUGACAGAUAUUCAACUAUAAAAUGUCUUUCACUACCACAUAGUUAAAAGUUAUUAAAAUCAGUUUUAUUUGUUCUCAAUAGUAACUUCUUAGGCAAAUAUUUUUAAUGUUUUUGAAUAAAUCCAUUGUUAAUUUACACUUGUAGUACAAACAUGAAUUAUGUGUCUUCUGUUUCAAAAUAGAUAUCCUACUCUUUGGUAAAUGUAGAGAAGUCAGCAGUAAUGUAAUUAAGUUUUCUAAUGGUAAUGUUUUAUCAUGUCCUUUGCCUCCAAGUGUAUUAGUUUUACAAACUUCCAAAUGUAGGUAUAAUAUUGCAUUUGACUAAGUUUUCUCCAAUUUCUUCUUUCUUUUGCAGUUUUAAUGAUUUUCAUAAAACCAGUAAAGCAUUUGUUAAAUGAUUUAUCUUCUCUGAAGCACAGUGAUAACUUCAGUUCCUAUUUAACAUAUAUGCAAAAUAUGUCUUUGAAAUAAAUUGGUCUUUUAAGCAAAAUAUUGCUUUAGGCAAAAUAUCUAGAAUCAUACACAAAGUUUUCUUUCCUUGAUAAAAUUAUUAGUAAUACCAACCACUGGUUAUAGUAUUAUUUCCAAAUUAUGCCAUGCUUGUCCAGCUUUUAUUUUUUAAUCUAAUAGGCUUUGAAGAAUUGUAGUGUGCCCUAUUUAUUACCUGAUGUUUAUAUAAUGUUUUAAGGUUUGUAAAGCACUUUACAUACUUUUCUUUAUUUGAAAAACCACAGGUAUUUUUAUGGCAGUUUGUAAGCUUAGAUAAGUUUAGUGAUUUGAACAUGGUCACACUGUUAGCAGUUGUCAGAAACAGAAUUUGAAUUCAGAUUCUUUUUAACCUCAAGUCUAGCACUUUUCCUUCUAUACUAUGCUGCUUUUUUAGUGCUACUACUUCUACUGUUGCUCAAGGUCAUCAAUUCCCCAUUUUAUUAUGUAAUAUUGAUCUCAUGUCUUCCUCCCCAGAUUAACUCUUAUUCUUUUGCAGUAUUGAGUCUGUUUCUAUUUGACCCAGCAACUAUUCUCUAAUCAUUACUAAAUCUAACUAUUUCCUGGCUCAGGUCUUUGGUUGUUAGUGAUAGAAUGAUUGCUUUAGAUUUUGCUGACAAACAUGUUCUAAGUCAAGAGGUUGGGAUAGAUAGGGAAAAGGGAGGAAAAAAAGAAUGAAUGUAGGGAGGGAGGAAGAGCGAAAUGAGGAGGAGAUAUAGGAAGAGACAGGAGGGAGAGAGAAAUUGAGUAUAAAGGAAAGAGGAAGAAAAAUGUGAUGGGAGUAUGACCAUGUUAAAUUCUAAGUAUAAGAAUGUUCAGGAAUAUAAGUGACAAGUGACUGGGAUGGUGUAAGAAGGAGGAGAAAUUAUAAGAAAAUAUCACAUAAAUCAGCAAAGGAAAAGUGAAGAUGACUAAUAUCAAGUGAAGUCAAAGUACAUUAUAAUUUUGCCACAUACUGUGAUCACUGAUCACAGCAGACAGAGCAAGAGGUGAAAGCUUCUGGUUCUUGGAAUAAUUAACCAAAAUAUGGGAAUUAGGCUGCCAAUAUUAUGCAAGUAUAGUUUGUCAGGACUAAAAAGUUGGUCAGUGCUGAUUGAAAAGAAUAUAAACAUGUAUUUGUAACUUCAGCAUGUUAAUAGAUUUCUGCAUUUUGCAGCCCAACUGUGAUUUCUUAUCCCGUGUCCUUUCUGGCUGAUGUUCUUUCAUAGAUGUUUUACAAAGGAUCUGCAUUUCGAUGGGUCUUUGUGCAUUCUCAAAAAAGGUGAAUAGGUCAUGGCACGCUUAACAAAGAGACGACAAGCGGAUACAAAAGCUAUCCAGCAUCUUUGGGCAGCUAUUGAGAUCAUUCGAAACCAGAAGCAAAUUGCUAACAUUGACCGCAUUACAAAGUAUAUGUCUCGAGUCCAUGGUAUGCAUCCAAAAGAGACAACACGUCAGCUAAGCUUAGCAGUGAAAGAUGGGCUUAUUGUUGAGACCCUAACUGUAGGCUGCAAGGGUUCGAAAGCUGGUAUUGAACAAGAAGGCUAUUGGUUACCCGGAGAUGAGAUUGACUGGGAAACAGAAAAUCAUGACUGGUAUUGUUUUGAAUGCCAUUUGCCUGGAGAGGUAUUGAUAUGUGACCUGUGUUUUCGUGUUUAUCAUUCCAAGUGUUUAUCUGAUGAAUUCAGGCUUAGAGACAGCAGUAGCCAUUGGCAAUGUCCAGUUUGUAGAAGUAUUAAGAAAAAAAAUACAAGCAAGCAGGAGAUGAGUACAUACCUGAGAUUCAUUGUCUCCCGCAUGAAAGAACGGGCUAUAGAUCUAAACAAAAAGGGGAAGGACAAUAAGCACCCAAUGUACAGAAGAUUGGUUCAUUCAGCUGUAGAUGUUCCUACAAUACAAGAGAAAGUAAAUGAAGGAAAAUACAGAAGUUAUGAAGAAUUCAAAGCUGAUGCUCAACUUCUUCUCCACAACACAGUGAUUUUCUAUGGAGCGGACAGUGAACAAGCUGACAUUGCCAGAAUGCUCUACAAAGAUACAUGUCAUGAGCUGGAUGAACUGCAGCUUUGCAAGAAUUGCUUCUAUUUGUCAAAUGCGCGUCCGGACAACUGGUUCUGCUAUCCUUGUAUACCUAAUCACGAGCUGGUUUGGGCCAAAAUGAAGGGUUUCGGGUUUUGGCCAGCCAAGGUCAUGCAGAAAGAGGACAAUCAAGUUGAUGUUCGCUUCUUUGGUCACCAUCACCAAAGGGCCUGGAUUCCUUCUGAAAAUAUACAAGAUAUUACCGUUAACAUCCAUCGAUUGCAUGUGAAACGCAGUAUGGGCUGGAAAAAAGCAUGUGAUGAGCUGGAACUACAUCAACGCUUCCUGCGUGAAGGAAGAUUUUGGAAGUCUAAGAAUGAGGACCGAGGUGAAGAAGAAGCAGAAUCCAGCAUCUCCUCUACCAGUAAUGAACAGCUGAAGAUCACUCAGGAACCAAGAGCAAAGAAAGGACGACGUAAUCAAAGUGUGGAACCCAAAAAAGAAGAACCAGAACCUGAAACUGAAGCUGUAAGUUCAAGCCAGGAAAUUCCCACAAUGCCUCAGCCAAUAGAAAAGGUUUCAGUUUCAACUCAGACCAAGAAGUUAAGUGCCUCUUCUCCAAGAAUGCUGCAUCGGAGCACACAGACCACUAAUGAUGGAGUGUGUCAAAACAUGUGCCAUGACAAAUACACCAAAAUCUUUAAUGAUUUCAAAGAUCGAAUGAAAUCUGACCACAAACGAGAAACUGAAAGGGUUGUACGAGAAGCACUGGAGAAGCUGCGUACUGAAAUGGAGGAAGAAAAAAGACAAGCUGUAAAUAAAGCUGUGGCCAAUAUGCAGAGUGAGAUGGACAGGAAAUGUAAACAGGUAAAGGAAAAAUGUAAAGAAGAAUUUGUAGAAGAGAUUAAGAAGCUAGCAACACAGCACAAGCAACUGAUUUCCCAGACCAAGAAGAAGCAAUGGGCUCCAUGUCCCAGCUGCAAUAAUCAUGCAUCCCGGCUUGUUCUCCCUAGUGCUACAACUGUGAAGAGGAAGCCAUGUACCAUUGCUGUUGGAAUACGUCCUAUUGCUCGAUCAAGUGUCAGCAGGAACACUGGCAUGCUGAACAUAAACGCACCUGUCGCCGAAAAAGAUGAAAGCUGUAUUCCUUCUCCUCUAGAGAGAGAGAGAGAGAGAGAGAGAGAGACAGACAGACAGAAAGAGAGAGAGAAAGAGAGAGAGAAUCACCCCGAUGAUUGCUAUUCUCAGACAAAGCGGUUUUUGUUUCCAAGAAGCCAAAAUUGUUUAGAAUUUGCUUCCCAUUUUGCACCAGCCUUUAAACACUUUUCGUGAAGAAAUUUUGCACAGUAGUUUAAAUCUUCUGUUCAUGCUCCUCCAGAUUUUGUCAGUAAGUAAGAUUAACAUCAGUGGAGGGUAUUUUAAGGGUUAUUUUAAAUGAAUUUUAAUUGAGGAUUUGUUGCAUUUUCAGCAAAUUUUAAAACAUUUUUAGGUUUUACAGAGAUUUUAACCUUUAAACAACAGAUCUUAAAAAAAAAACAGGUGAAUACAAGUGAGUUUAACAAAGAAACAUUUAAAAUAGAUCUGAAUGUAAGAAAUAUAGAACUGUUUCAGAAAUAAAACAUACUACCUUGAUGUAACAUUUAUUUCUUAACCUUGUUGAGCUGGUUUUGUUCAGCUUAAUUUACUGUUUAAAGGCAUUAUCUAUUGGUUAUGCCAGUGGGUAUAUGAUUGAAUUUAGGGAACAGGGUUGACACAGCAGGUGCUAGUCCUGCAUAUUUUUUCUUAAAUAUUUCCCAAUUGUGUUUUUCAUUAUUUCUUUUCAAUAUAUAACUUUUAUAACAAAUUAUUAGCUUUGAUCUUGUAGUUUAAAAUUGCAGGGAACUGGGGUAAUCUUUUACUGAGCUGGAUCUUAGAGAAAAAUGAAUAUUUAAAUUUUAAAGUUUGCACAUUUCAUUCUUGUCCUAACACGAGUGCUUGUAACAAAACAAGGAAAAGCCAAAAACUACCUUUAUUCAUACGUGAAAUUUUAGAUGAGGCAUACAAAUUUCUUUAAUGCUUCCCUUCCCUCCCCAAAUAUCAUCUGACUGCCUAUUAUCUGGUGUUACCUAGUCCACUGUAAGUUAAUACUCAAAGGAAAGAAAGCACUUAAGUGUCACAGAAGCCGUUAUGUUUGUAGUAAUGGGUCAUUGCCUGUUAAUGAGCUCCAUCACUGUACACAGAAUGAAGAAUAAUGCAUGUUAAUUUUCUUGUAUUAAAGAUGCCGUGAUUUGUAAAAAGUCUGUAUUUUGAGGAAUGUCUGGAUUAAGAAGCAUUAUCAAUAGGAAUGGAUCGAUAGUUGAAUAAUGUUUUUUUUAUACAUAGAUAUAUAAAUCACAUCCAGUAAAACUUACUUAAAUUUUUUUUCUUUCAAAAUGUCUCAGAAUUUGUUUUUUCAAAGGCUGAUUGAUCUUAGACCAAGUCAAAUUCCCUUUAUCAUCUAGCUAUUUUUUGAGAAGUUAGAGGAAUAAUUUGUAAAUAUUUAUUUAGAUCUUUGAUAUUUAUUAAAAGCAAUUACACACAAUGGAAGUGAAAGAAUAAGGAGAAAAGCCUUUUUAAAAGUUUUCUCUGGGUUUUGUCAGGGUCACUCUAAAUAUAAAAAUCUAACUGAAUCUUCUGUGAAAAAAAAAAACAAACAUCCAAGCCUAAUGUUGUUGCAGAUGGUGGUGACACAAGUUAAUUGACCAGCAACUGCCAAAUAAUGCACAAUAUUUUGCAGAAACUACGUAGCAGCCCCAUUCAAAACAACAUACUAAAUUACACAGUGACUUGCAUUAUUUCUAGUGUCUGUGUAAUUAAUCCAUGUUGCCAUUUUGCUGUGGCACUGGUGAGGUCCAACAUAGCUGAAGAAAAUUAAUCUUGUUCAGUUAUUUUAAAAAUACCCAAACUUCGAUCCACCCCUAUGAAAGCAAGUUAUUGUGGAAAUAUUUUUGGUGUAAAAUCAUUCCAGAGUAUGUACUAUUUAACUGAUAGCUGCAUGAAAGUAAGAUUCGUGUUACUUUGGCUUUUUUGUCUCUGUUGACACGGUUGCACAUUUCCAAGUUACUACAGCGUGAAAACUGUGUGUUUAAAAAAAACAAAAAACAAAAAACAAAAAAAGACAUUGUGGCCUGGUUUUGUAUAAGUUUUAGGUAAAAUUACAAUUGAUUGUUUUAGGAAUCAUUAUUAAAAUUAAUUUUCUGCAAAUCAUAAAGCUAUAUUACGGUGUUGAGCUUAGCCACUAUGCACAUUGUAAUUAUUCAUUGUGGCUGUCCAGUUCUAUGAUGCAUUCUGGCAUUUUGUAAGCUGCUCUGACUAGCAAUAUAUAGAGUCAUUUAAUGUGUUAACAUUGGUUAAUAAAUGUAUUUAAAAUAAUCACUGGCUUAAUAAAGUGUCAAUCUAGUCCAGUCCCCUGCAUCUAAAUACAACUGCAGCUGAAUGUUGAUUCUGUAUUAUGGGUCAUUCAUUGGCAACCAUUUUCCUUAUAAAAGAAUAAUUUUAUUAAAGUCAUUCUCCUACAAACCACAUUUAUUUAAAUUGAAAUUUCAUUCAUGAUUUUUUUAAAGUUGUGUUUUGUACCAUGGUUAACAAGAGAUGUUAUAUCCAUUUGAGAAAUCUGAUAAAUUUAAUGCAUUGCCACAUUUGGAUUUUUCCAGCUUUUUCCGGAAAACUAACUGUAUUUGGUCAAUAAAACUGUCUAUAAUCUAAGAAAGUUGGUCUGGUUUCUGCAACAUGCAAAACUGGGCAAACGGUUAGCAAGAAAUUCAGCUUAAUACUUUUUUUUUUUCUCAGUGUUUCUUUAAUUUACCACUUAAUGUUCUAUUGAGUAAGGCACAACAGAUUUGAAUCACCUGCCAGGUGACCUUACUUUAAAUCACUGGAAUAGAACAUUGUUAUUUCAGCUAGAAAACAUAAAUGCUUAUUGUUCUAGGAAUUGUACUGUCAAUGAAAUUUGCUAACAAGUAUAUAUGGGAUAUAUUCACAUGUAUGUAUUUGCGUCAUUUCUUGGGUCAUACCCUUUCCUCUUCUUCACCCUGCUACUCUCAUCCACAGGUGGAGGAGAUCCCAUUGACCCCAAAGGGAACUCCAGCUGCAGGACAUGUCCAGAGAGGAAGGAAAAUCCUCAUUGUAAUCACUUCCAACAUUCAAUGUUUGACCAUUUCUGUGUAUUAUCUUUGGAUCUCUAUAUAGUGUGUGUCACAAAAAAAAAAAAAAAAAAGAAAGAAAGAAAGAAAGAAAAAGAAAGAAAACAUCAAAAAGCAAGAAUUCAUUUCUUUGUAAAUUGAAUAUAAAACAAGACUAUCUUGGAUUUUUACUGUAUUAAGCAUUUGUUAUUCCAUUUUAAGAAAUAAUGUUCUGAUAGUAUCUUUAUUUGCUUUUAUGCUGUACUUAUGCUCCACUGGAACAUGUCAGACAUGAUGACUAGUGGAUUCCAUCUUUUUUCUUAAUCUAGUGGUGUUCCUACUUUCAGUUUACCAAUUCCAAAUGUUGGUAGUUUCAGUGUCAGAUUUCCCAGCAUUAAAAAGUAGUUUACCUGGUC